GAAACUUGCCCUUUAGGAUGCUUUGAUCACAAUUGUAACAAAUUAGAUGGAACAUGUGAGGCAAAUGGAUCACGAACAUCUGGGUGCAAAGAUGGGUUUUGGAAUGCACGUUGCACUGAACGUUGCCGCGAUAAAUGCCAGUUUUGCAACCAAACUAAUGGGGAAUGCCUCACAUGUCUAACAACGAAUGUCUAUGGAUGUAAUUGUGAUUUUGAAUGCAGCAAGCACUGCCUUAACCAGUCAUGUUCCAUGAAUGGUGAAUGCAAUCUGGGAUGUGCCACCCAUUUCUUUGGUAGGAAGUGUGAUACUCCGUGUCCAGAAAACUGUGCUGAGAGAGGACUUAGCUCACGUUGUUCCAAUGACAACGGAACGUGCAUGUUCGGAUGCAGAGAUGGAUUCAUCGGGGCAACAUGUGCACAAGUUAUUGCAGUAACUGCAGAAGUUGGUAAAGAUGCUAGCGGCCAUACUGCGGCAGCUAUCGGAGGAGGCGUGGCGUCCGUUGUCAUUGUUCUUGCAAUUGUAUUGAUACUGAUGGUGAUAUAUAUUCACAAAAGGCGCAACAAGCAUGACCAAACAUCUGACUAUGAAACAACGCAAAGAUCUGAGAGUGGGUCCACGGAUAUUCACCUGUAUUCUGGGCUGCAUGGGAAUAAUAUUUAACAGAACACUUCCCAGAAUGUCACAUAUGUACGGCGUUGACCAGAACCAUGUAACCGUUGGAAACCGUGAUGGAGCAAGUUUCACUCGAAAAACAUACACAAUAUUUAAUGCUCAUAAGAUGUGUCCGAUUGCGAGCGACGUGUAUUGACAUUUAAACAUGGUUGGUUUGCAACGAUUACAGCAUUAGUCACCGAUUGAAAUUUGAUUUUGUGUUGACAAUUAGCUAAACAAAAAUACAGAUUUAUGCGUUUUACAAUUGGCGAUGAAUUCGAACAUGUGAUAUGAAAAGCUUUACUUAGUAAGUACAAUUUCUUGAUAAUUGAUAGGCAAUCAGUAAAAAAUAAAUCAAUUAAGUUUAUUGAAGUUCAUUGCAAGCUUUUAUUAGAUGAAAAAUAUAUAUGCACAAAUAAAGGGCAACAAAUGCGAAUUGGUGCAUACUGAGAAUAAUAAUGUAAAGUGAAUGAAAUGGUACCCUAAUAACUACCAUAUGAUAGAACAGU